GGGGGUCGCCUUGGCAACAUGUUUCACUGCUGGCAGCCAUAUAAAUGCGGCUCUGGCUCCAGUAAACUGGGAUAGCUGUACACAGAAACACUCGAUGCCAGGGACACACCGUACCAGGGGGUCUUCAGCUGCAACUCCAAAAGGAGGUACACAAGGAAUGCCACGUUUUUCAAUCAAUAUUCGCCAUUUUUCACCUGAAUUUUCCUGCAAAGGAAUGAGCUGCUUUUCCCAUAUGCAAGAUGGACUGGAAAGAGGCCAGAAAACAGGCCAGAUCAGACACUUCUAAUUCUCUUCUGUUGCACUUUUCAGCUCAGCACGGAUAAGAAUCUGCAUGUGAAUAAACAGAUGGAUGAAGCAAAGCCUCCCGACGACACAGUGGCCGAGGACAGCCUCCUCGGAGUUUUGACUGAAACUAUUCAGGGGCUUGAAGGUGUCAGACGCCGCAGAGAUCCUCAUAAUGGAACAGUGGGUGGGAGGAGAAGCUUGGGAGAGGAAGCACAGAGAGGAAGUGAAGAAGGGACGCUCAGUCCGGCAGGGGAUGCGAAGGAGGAUGAAAGGAGUGUCAACAAAGAGCAGAAAGUCCUGCAGGCGUUGAGAGAGCUGAGUGUGUUUCAUUCAGACAGACUGACAGCUUGGAGAGAAGCCUUGAGAGCAUACACCUCUGUUGUCAUCAGCUCUCCACCAGGGGGCAACGAGCAGCAAUCUGAAACAGAUUCUGUACAACGUAAAGUUAGGCCUUGUUCAGACUCCUUCAGCGACACUGUUCUGAGUGUUGGAGAAGACAUAGAGGGCAUUCUGGACAAACUGAGCACAAUCAUUAACAAGCUGGAUGCAGCAGUUCUUCACGUAUCUGUAGAUGAGACCUCGACAGUGGACGCAGCAUCUCAGGAAUCCAGAGAAACCACAUUACAACCUGAGGACAAUCACCUGAACCCCCAUCAUCAACUUGAGUCCGAUUUUAGGCACGAGCAGGAAGUUGAGGAUGGAGCUGAUCAAAGUCCUACUCGGCCAUUACCGGACACCGAACGUAUACCAGAUUCCACGUUCACCUGCAAUGAUGUGGAAAAGACUGGAGAAGAAUUACUGGUCAAAGGUCAAGUGAGUGACUUGCUAGAUUCACUGGAGGAGAUGGAAAAGGACCAAGAGAGGAAACAUGACAAAGAAGAGACAAAAAGUGAAUGGAUUCCAGUUGGGCUCACCGGUCAGCUGGAGGACCAUUCGGACACAUGUUUUAUCAAAGCACCUGUGGGCGUGGUGAAGGUUCUGAGGUGUGAGGUGGCCGACGCCCUGAGCUGCCUGGUGGUGAGCGGCUCAGAGGAGCUGGUCAGCAGAGUGAUCCGUGUCAAAGCUCAAGACGGAGCCACCUUUCAGUUUCCUGUUGCUGUGGCUUUGCCUUUCCACGCACGCUAUCGAGGUAACUACAGGGACAUCGCCGUGAAGAUAGUUGAUGAGGAGAAGAGGGUGAGCUACGUCACUCCUGUAACAACAGACGGCCUGUAUGGAGGGCUGAGGGGCUCAUUUGCAGAGGUGAAGGUGUACUCUUUGGGUCUAUUUGCAGUGGUUUCCUGUCUAAAAAGGGAAAAUUACACAGUUCCCCGGAGGGGUUUGUCGCUAAAACUCCCCAUGGAUGCCCGAAUCUGUCUGAACUACCUCCCAGGAUCCUUCACUGCUCCUGUAAUGGUACAAACAAUGAUCCAGCCGGUAGACGCCGUCCUUCUGGCUUCCGUCAAGUCUAGAAACGAUGCGUAUCGUUCGGUGGUGUCCACCAGCCCUCUGCUCUACUUCACCCACCCGACCUCACAGCCGCUCAGGAGACCCCUCACAGUCACACUUCCAUGUCCACCAAACCCAGAAAAAAAGAGAGGCACGAGGGGACAAACAGAACAAGAGCAUCAACCAGCUUCUCAAGUUUUGGAUCAUCCAGUUACCCACAGAAUGAGAAUCCUGGGUGCUUCCGUGAAACUGAAGGAGAUGUCUGGUGAGUCGCUGGUCGUUCUGGGCUCAAGGGACAAACAGUGGAACGUCCUGGAUAACGUCAGUGUCAGGAACCAGCAGAAUGGACUGGUGUCGUUUGACCUCACAGAGAACUCUGACAGGCUGCUCGUGGUUCGUCUCCUCUCCCUAUUGCCGCCUUGUGAUCUCACUUCUCUGGCGGAGGAGCUGGAAGAAUCAGUCUGCUGCCACGCCGUCACCGUUGUCCUCCAGCGGCGAGAAGAUGAGCCUCACAGUGUUCUGGUGACUGCCCUUCCCAGCAGAGACCUCAGCUGGGAGCUGAACAAACUGCAGGCUCAGGGCUGCCGAGGCCUCGUGGAGACCUCGUCAGAGAUUUCGAUGUGUGAAGCAGACCAGCUUCUCCUGCGUUUCAGUGGGAACAUCACCUCCACAGUUGCUCGAAACGACGACACACACGAGCGAAUCACCUUUCACAGCCAGCGGAAGACUCACCUCUUGGUGCAUCUCACCGAAGUGGACCCGUUUGGAAACUACAGCUCUCCUCACUACAAAGGGACGGCCAUUUUUUAUAAGGUCACCAAAGGUCACCUGGAGUGGCGAGGGGACAAAGCUGUCCUGAAGCACUCAAAGCUCCUGGGAGAUCCUAUUUGUAAGCUGUCUCUGACUUUACCCAAGAAAGUGAGAAACAGUCGGCCCAUUGCACCGAGACUGAAGUUAUGCGAGGAGACAGAUUCCCUGUCAGACUCUCUUCUUCUCUGGCUGUCUGGGGAGCUUUCAGAGGAGGAACUGGCCCUGCUGGUGCUCUCAUUGCGCCUCCGUCGCAGCACCACUCAGCUGGUGAAGCUCCGGGCCGGGGACAGCCUGUCCUCCCAGGCCUUCCACGUCCUGGCCAUGUGGAGGAGAGGGCUGCCCGCUGUUCCACCCCAACCCAAGGCCUCUCAGCUCGCUCGCUGCCUGGCCAAGAGCGGCAGGCCGGAUCUGGCCAGAGAGCUCCUGCUGCGACAGGCUGCAGCCACCAGGCAGAGCUCCACGGAAUACGAAAGUCCAAGAAAGAGAAACUGACACUGCAUUUAGACUGCUGCUUUCAAUCAGAGCCAAAUGAGUGGAUGUAGUGCUUUGCUUGAGCCACAAGAGGGCAGCAUUGGACUGGGAGAUUCAGCGCUCUCUUCUGGACUUUUGUCAAAUUGCACAGGCCGGUGGUUCAACUACUCUAUAUUUAUACCGUAUAUAUACGUUUAUAUUUAAGUCUAGACUAGCCGAGACUCAAUCAAAAGAUGACUCAUUGUUACAUAUCUAAAAAGGAAAUGUUGACCAGACAUAUAAAGACAACAAACUGAAAAAAAGGAAGAAAUAUUUGCUAAAAUACUUGGAAUGUUCCUCAGCUUUUUUUAGGUUAAUGACGUCAUUCACUCGUAUAAUUAUAUUACAAAACCACACCAACAGGCCAGUAGUGAAGGUAGUAUUUAUGUUCUGGCAAAUCUGAAGCAACAGCCAGACAAAGUCAAAUAUUAAUAAAUGCAUAUCCUAAGGCCAUUUGUAAUCUACACUUUGCCUCACAUUAUGGAUUAUAAUGCAAUAAACUCUCAAAGGUCCGACUUUAAAGCAGCACAGUGGAUUAUCUGUAGCAGCACUUCGACUCAGACUUAAAUAUUAACAGAAACAGAAGUUAUUCUGUCCUUUUUUCCAUUUUUCUCCCAUGCAUCUGGGAGUUUUCUCAGGCUUCUUUUUGAAGUCAGAGAUUUUGGAAGCAUUAAUCUCUGACAGAGCCGUCACAUCCUCACUUUAUUUUGUAGUUCGUCUCCGCAGACAGGUAGGCGAUUUAGCAGCCCAGUCAGCCGUCUCUUCUCUCUGUGUAAACAAACCCUGACACUGCGCUCUGACCUCUUUUCAGCUCCCUGACACCGACUCAUCUUUAAGACAUGACAGCGUCUGUUGAUGAUGCCUGAUUGGAUAACAAAGACUUCCGUCUCCGCAUACUAAGACAGAGCUCUGUUUGUGGUGUAGGUUGGAGAAACUUGGACGAUGCACAGUGCAGUUUGUGCCUAUAUGCCUUUUAAAUAAAAAAACACUGAUGUAAAUACAAAUCCUGUA